AUGUCUAUCAUAGCUAUCAAUUCCUCAGAGUAAGAAGUUGGUCGCAAUAUUCGAAGGUAAGUCUCAUAACUAUUCCACCUUAGUUCAAAAAAGAAGUAUCUAUGGAAAUUCUCAAUAGAUGAUGCUGAUUAAGAAAUUGUGCUUUUGAUUUCCUCUCUUUCAGGCAAAAAAGAAGUUAGACACAAUGGAAGACUGAUUUAUUAAGAAUCCAGGUAACACUCUUUCCAUAUCAUCUAUUUUCAGUCUUUUUUCUGAAUUCAGAUACCUACAUAAACUUUAAUACUGCCUUGUAACCAUCGCCCCCAAGCAUGAUUCAUAUCAACUUUACUUGAACAAUAUUCCUUUUGCUGAAUAUUUCGACGCUGGCAAUUCAGAUUAAAAUGUAAAUCCUAAAAAUGGAACUUUUAACAACGAUGAUCCUGAGGGGGUUGAUGCCAGUCAAUCGAAGGAGUCUGAACCAAAAUAAUCGAAUUUUUAAUAGCCCUUACAGAAGUUUAGACUAAGUGUGCCAAAUAAGAUAACAAAUAAUAAUUAAAACAAAACAGAAAGCAAAUAAUAAGGAAUAUUUUGGAAUUAAGGAGUUAAUUAAGACUUUGCUAAUUUUGGUACUACUUAAACUAAAGGAACAGACAAUACGUUUGGGAAUUUUGGUUUCACAUUUGAUACUCCAUAAAAAGAAAUAAAAAAUACAAAUUCAUAAGUAGCAUAACAAACUAAUCAAAAGCAGAAUGAAAAACCAAAUCCUUUCUUUGAAUUUGGUUAGAAUUCGUGGUCAGCUCCUUAAAAUAAUUACGACUAUGGUUUCAUCUAAUAACCCUCACAAAUUCAGGUUUAAUAGACAAGAUUAUUUACUUCAGAUAUUAAACCUCAAACUAAAACAGAAUAACAAUUAAACAAUACACCUUAACCAUUAAACUUAACAAAUCAAUAAAUUUUAUAUAAUUAAUCCAAUUUAACUAAUCAAUAAUAAUAAUAAUAAGUACAACUUCAAUUAUAAUAAUAAUAAUGUAACUUCUAAUAAUAAUAACUAGUCAACUCAUCAACCAUCAAACCCUAAGUAUCGUCAUAGAGCGAUUUAUUGGAUUUUUUUGAAUAUAAUUAGCCUGCACAGAAUACGAUUAAUUGUUCAUAUUAAUAAUAAGAAUUAAAAAAAAGCCAUUCUUAAGCAGUUAUAAUGCCUAUUUAAGCUUAAAAUUAGAGUACACAAAUGAUUUUUUAAAGUUACAAGAAUCCAAUCUAACAAAAUCCAUUUUAAAAUAUAUAAAAUUAUUAGUUCAAUUCCUCAUAUCAACAAUAGUUUUAAUCUUCUUACCCUAAUUAGAGAACAACACAAUCAUUAACUCCUCUAACAUCCUCAUUUUAAUCAACAAAAAGGUAGAUGCCAAAGGAGCUAGAGGACAUGUUUGAUCAGCCAAUGUAAACUACUUAGCCUCAGCUAUAGAAAAGAUCAACUCCUUUUGAUGAUGAUCUAUUUACCUGA